UACGGAUAUACUACGUAUGUUUUCUUUCGGGAGGCGCAGCUUUUCAUACGACAAUGCGGCAAAAGCAAUUAACUCGUGCAGGGAGAGAAAGGAUGAGAUGAACAAGGCGGUGGAGCCGCCGUAUGUUUGAGUUGAAUAAAUAGAUCUGCAAUGGGCAUGGCUACAGUUCGUCAGUGACCAUGAAUUUCUCCGUUUUUAAGGCCGUGUUUGGCUGUUUACCGUUGUUGCUUGUUCAGCUAUUACUAGGUAGGGAGUAGUAGUGUUUUGGAUGGGUUGCAACGGGUCAAAGGCGGUUGAUACGGAACUGGUAAUCCGUUGCCGAGAGCGUAGAGAUCUUAUCAAGGCCGCCGCAGACUACCGCUACGACCUCUCCGCCGCACACGUCUCGUACUUCCACUCCCUCAAGGACGUUGGUGACGCCCUCCGCCGCUUCGUCGACGAGGAGCUUGCCGCCGCCUCUUCUUCGUCUCCGUCUUCACUCUCCUCCCCCUCAUUGAUUCUUCAUUCCCAUGAGCGUAAGCUCGGCGCUGAUGGGGAUGGUGAUGACACGGCUAAAAAAAGAAAAGGUAAGAAACCAAGAGAGUUAUCUGGUAACAUGAGCCCUAGUCACUGUGACUGUGAUGGCUGCGGAAAGGAAUCGCAUUUUUGUUUGUCGUCCGAUACGUCUGACGACGAGGAGCAUUUGCAUUUGCACAAAACUAGUCAAAGUAGCGGCCAUUUGCACAUAAAUGAAGAUGAAGGGCAUUUGUCUCCGUCUUCCCCUUUCAGGCAUCCAGAUUUGCCCAUGGGGACUCAGGGACCGUACGGAAUGAUGGAUCAAGAGGCCCCUCCACAAAUGGGAUUCUGGGACCCUUUCUAUAGCUUCAAUGCCCCCUUCAAUGGGCAGUUUCGGCCCUCUUAUGGUGGAAAUUCGAAUACAUAUGCAUUUUACAUGAAGAGACAUACCACAGGGACGAAGACAGUAAUUCAUGAUGCAGAAGCUGCUUCGUCCACUGGAUAUUCGAAUGAGUACUGGAGCUCCUCUUAUCAGAAUGGGCCCGUCUCUUUUGGAUACCCACCAUCAGGGCCAUAUGACGGUGAGAGUAGGAGGGUUCAGACUAUGAAGCCCACACCUCCAGAGGAGACUCCACCUCCUCCUUCCUCAAAUGCAUCUGUUUGGGACUUUUUGAAUCCGUUUGAUGGAAUUGACCAGGGGUACUCGAGUUACGUGCCUCAUGGAAGCCAUGUGUAUGGAUCUACUAGUAGCAGUCCCGAUUCGGAUGAAGUGAGGAAGAGGGAGGGGAUUCCUGAUUUGGAGGAUGAAACAGAAACCGAAAUUUUCAGGGAUGAACCUAAGGUGAAGAAGAUGAAUAAUGAAUUUAAGAAAAAGAGGGCAGGAAAGGGGUCUUUGGGUUCCAGUGAAGUGCCAUUGCAAAAGGGUGUUGCUGGUGUAGAGCAAUCACAGAAAAGCAUAGCCCGCAGAAAAUCAACUGAGUACACUGAAGACUACUUUGCUACAAAACCCACUAAACCCGGUGUGGGUACUCCAAUUUUGGAAGGCUCACCAUCUGAAAAUGGUGGGUGCUCUAUCUGUGAUGUAGGCUCAGUUGAUGUAUGGGAGGGGAAGGCCAGCUCUGACACCAUUGCAUCAAAGAGCCCUGAAGAUAGUAACAUGAAGACAAAAGGAGUGACAUUUGAUGUAGAUCACGACUUUGUAUCUUCAAAGUUAAGUAGUUUGAAUAAUACACCUGCACGUGGAACUAGAGAUCUUCGAGAGGUUGUUGCUGAAAUCAGAGACGAAUUUGAGAUUGCAUCAAGUUUUGGGAGAGAGGUAGCUGCGAUGCUUGAGGUUGGAAAGCUGCCUUACCACCCUACAUUCAUUCAAGGGCUCAUUUCCAGGAUUUUGCACUCAAUUGUUCCUUCAUCUUCAACUUUGUACACACAAGUAAGACUAGAUUCAAAAUUGUCAAAAUCCUAUUUUGGGGACGGCGCCCCAGCGGCCAGUCUGAAGGCUUUUUACCUUUCAUCUACAUUGGCCCAGCUAUACGAAUGGGAGAAGAAACUUUACAAAGAAGUAAAGGUGGAAGAACAAUUGCGGCUUGUGUAUGAAAGGCAAUGUCGAAAGCUAAAAGUUUUGGAUGAGCGAGGAAAAGAGUCGAGUAAGAUUGAUGCUGUUCAGGCUUCGAUUAGAAAAUCACUCACUAAACUCAACGUUUCUUUAAAAGCAAUUGAUUUUAUUUCAAGUAGGAUACACAACUUAAGGGAUGAAGAAUUACGACCCCAAGUUACAGAAUUAGUUGCUGGCCUGAUAAGGAUGUGGAGAUCCAUGCUUAAUUGUCAUCAAAAGCAGUUCCAAGCGAUUAGGGAGAGUAAAGUGCGUGCUCUGAAGGCAAACACUGGGUUCCAUGCAGAUUCCGCUUUGAGAGCUACUCAUGAACUUGAAUCGCAGCUUCUCGCAUGGUGCAGUCGCUUUAAUCAUUGGAUUUGCACUCAGAAGUCUUAUGUUGAGUCCUUACAUGGGUGGCUUCUUAGGUGUAUUUUUUAUGAGCCAGAAUUAACUCCUGAUGGACCUAUCCCCUUUUCGCCUGGCCGUUUGCAUGCACCUCCAAUUUUUGUAGUUAUUAAUGAUUGGAAUAUGGCAAUGGAAACCAUUUCUGAAACUCGAGUGGCGAUGAGUAUGAACAGUUUUGCUUCAAACUUGAGGAAACUAUGUGAAAGACAAGGCGAGGAGCAACAUCAGAGGCUUAGAGCUGAAUAUCUUUCAGAGGAUUACAAGAGACGACUUAAAAUGCUUAGGAUGGAGAAGGAAAGAACGGAGCAUGAUGGAGAUGCGGUGUCACAGAAGACUGGGGGCUCGAUGGUUCCAUCUGCAAAUGGGGGUUCACCGUUGGAUAGUAAAAAAGUUGACUUAGACAUGGUCCGGAAGAGGUUGGUUGAAGAGAAAUUAAAGCACAAGAAUACUUUAAAGCUGGUGCAUGAGGCAGCUUCAAAUAGUUUACAAGGCGGUCUGCUCCCGAUUUUCAAAGCUUUGGAGAAUUUCACAUUGGAAGCUGUGAAGGCUCAUGAGCAAAUCAGGUUACACUAUCUUAACCCAUGAGCUAUGAUGGAGUAUUUAUUAGUGAGCUAACUGAAAGCCGAUCUAACAUCUACCUGAAGGUUUUGUAUAAGUUGAUGGAAUAGGGGAAAUUUCUAAGUUUAUACUCAUAGUUUUUUGUUGCAGAAUUCUUCAUAGUUCUCUAAUCUCUCUAACCUGAUCGCUAGGCAAGUUGUACAGUGAUUAAGUUUAUUCAUUACUAACUGGGAUCUUAUUGAUCAAAUAAUAUUCAGCGAAAUAUAUGAAAAUUUUGUUUUGGCAGUU